UUGAAUUCAUACAGCCCUCAGUAUUUCGACGCGGAAGCGACGAAGCGUUCGUCGUUUUUACAUUUUCCACAUUAUAUCCAAACUAUCGUCGAUCUCAAGUGAUCGAGGCCCGUUUUGACCAUUUAUUUGGCUUUUAUCGGUGAUAUGGCGGAGGUUCCAGGGAACGUUACAACGAGUGAAACGAUAACGGAGACCGUACAGACGGGAACACCGCCUCCACCCCAGCAGGAGGGCAGAAGCCUGACCAUCAAGCUCAGGAAAAGAAAGACGGAGAAGAAAGUCGAGUGGUCCAGUGACACGGUGGACAAUGAACAUCUGGGCAGGAGGUCUUCAAAGUGUUGCUGCAUUUACGAAAAGCCUCGACAGUUUGGCGAGUCUUCCUCUGAAAGUGAGGGAGACGAUGAGGAAGGCUGCGGAAGUGCGCACUGCGUUCUGGGACACGGGAGAAUAGGUCAUGGACAAAGAGAGGGUGGAGGGUCUUCAGUGCCACCGAACUCUGGAGGAACAAACCCACACUAAUGAAUAAAAAGAGAGAGAGUGUGUGUGUUUGGAGGGUAAUGGGCAGCGUGGGCACUACAUUCAUAAUCCCUCAUCUUCACUCACUCACUGCACAUCACUGGGUGUCAAAAGCUUUUGAUUCAUGAAAGCUUGUAGGUAAUUUUAAUGUGAUUGGUUUUCCCUGCAGUCAUUUAUGUGAUGACUAAAGCGAAGACUACGUGUUUUUUGCGAUCUGAAUGCUGCAGAAAUUUUGUUGUACAGAGCAAAUGGGUUUUAUUUCUUUUUGUAAAAGCUGUAUUUAUUUGGUUAUCUUAAGAUCUUACUGGUUGUGCAUACAAGGAAAGGUUUCUUUUAAUGCCACAUAGGAAACAGAUUAAGUAGAAUUCAGGUUUGAGGUUAUAAUCUUUAAAGCAUUCUCUAGUUUGGGAAGUAUUUAGGUCAGUCUGCCUGAAUAGAGUAAAAAUAGGAGUUUUAAAUAAAAUAAUUUGCGGUGUCACUAUUCCAGAAACAGUAUUGCUUCACGUCACUUGAUCACAUGGAAAUUCAAACACACAAAUGUAUUGCGUGCUACAGUGAAUACCUACGUUGGAUGUUACGAGAACUUAAAUCCUUUUUAAAAAAAAUUUACAGGAACGCGUUAAAUAAACACGUUUGAGUGAAUUAAAAUCAAACACCUGAUGCCUUUCAGACAAUCAGACAAGAAACAUAUACAACUAAUAAAAGAGUCUGUAUGUAUAAAAACAUUGAUGUGUUGAAAACGUUACCGACUAUUAAAGGAGAAUAUCACCUAGAUCAUAUCUAAAACAGACCAUAAUAUAACAAGGAAAAGUGUGUUGUGGAAGAGAAAAGAUCAUAGUCCAAAGUGUUAACAACUUGGGAUAGACAGGUAGUUGUGCAUGAGAUUGAUCUAACAAAUGUGUUGACUGCUGGAUUUGAUGUACGUGUUCUUCAUUUGGACCUCAAACUAAAUACAGGGAAUAAAUGUAAAUGGUGCAAAUUCCAGAUAAAAGUUUGAGAGGUACGUGUUGUCAGGAAGAUGCAUAUUUACUUGAUUUAAGCUUUAAUAUGUAAACUGGUUAUAUGUGGAGGUUGACUGUGUUUUAGAAAGAGCACAGGAGAGCGUGUGGCCGAAUGCUGGCCGAGACCAAAAUUCACAUCUUUUCUCUUCUCUGAGGUCAACUACAGUUUACAGUUCAUUCCCGUUUCACAGCGGUCAAUCGUAUUCCAUCAUUCAUAUGCAACUGUUGUCCCUUUACAGCGAACGCACCUGUAUGUAUAUAGCAAAGGUCCCAGAGUGGAUUUAACAUGAAUAAACAAAUGUAAAAUUAUGUUGUUUAUAACGAUUAAACGCUUAAUGGCAACCUGAA